AUGCCUCCCAAACCCAGCAAGCGCAAGGCGACAAAGGCACCGGCCAAGGACAAGGGCGAUCCUCAGCCAACUCCAGCUCGCACAGCUGCGCGGGCGGUAUACGAUAUACUCGAAUUGCGGGAUGCCAUCUUCAAGCUGGUUGAUCGGAGAACUCUCGCGGGGAUGUGGCUGGAAAAAGCGGCGGUAGCGAGUGUAGUUGGGGCACUAUACGAGUCGUUAACAGGCGCUGAGGUGAAGAAGGGUUUACGACCGAACUUGAAAUCCUCCAGAUUUGAACUGUAUCAAAACGCUGUCCGCACCUAUGAUCGAGGCCAUAUAGGCCGAUUUCCACCACCUGGCCAGCGAGCUUGGCAGGCGUUACCGGCGGAACUGCCGGAACUCACAGAAAGCAUCGCCAAUCUUCGCAUGCUCUUUCCCCGGUUACGCACCAUUCUAGGCGACCAUGGAUUCGGGUCGCACGACGAGACGUACAUUGUGCACAUACGCGACGGCUCUAUACACGUCGAGCUACACACUCCUUUACGCUUCAGGGACUACGAGGCUCGCCUAUCGGCCAGCGGCACCCCCAUCCUUCUAAACGCUCCCUCUUGUCCCGGCCUCACAAUCACCCAGACGUUCUCGGUCGAGGUGGUCAUGGGGGACUGGCGCGGCGCCGAUGUGGCGGCGGAUUAUGUCAAUGAGGAGGACUUCCAAGAGCUCAAGGCGUUGAGAGGUAGAUGGGCCAAAUGGUACUUGUCUGGUCCAUUCGAUCCGCGGAUCAUCAGCCUCAGCCCUCAUCUCACCGGAGACGAUGAGGUGCUCAACACAGACAUCAUGGCCUUCCUCGCAAGGCGGUGCCCGGGUAUCGCCUACCCGCCUAUCCACUCUUUCCGGAUCCCAAACCUUACGGGGACCAUGACGCCGGUCAGAUUCAAGGCGCUCUGCCAAACUAUCGGGCCGGAACUUCGGUCGUUAAUCGUCGAAGGAUCGAUAAGUCGUUUCAUAAGCAACUGGCCUACACUAUUCGGCAUCAUGGACGCGGCUUUCCCCAAGCUUGAGAGCCUGCACAUCACAAACUCGCUGUACCGGAAGAAGGUAUUCGAAGUCAAACAUAUCUUGACGGGCAUGAGCAAUCUUCGGAUGCUUUCCUUUGACGACGUCGCUUCGGAUCACCUCGGACACGCCGCCUACAGCCUAGCGGGGCUCGGAACCAGGCAUUGCGUCUAUCGUAUCUGUGACCUGGAGAGGCGGGGCGAGGUCGAGAUGUUUCACGAGAUGAUCAGGCAGAUCAAAUGUGGUGUACCAGAUACAGACCAGGAGGCGCACUGGACGCGGUACAUCAACUCGGAUCUGUAUGCGGAAAGCCGUCCUAAGUGCCCUAUCGUGAUCGGGAGAAGAGAAAGAGAGGCCGCGGAGGCGGCCGCCCGAGACCAGGCAGAUGAGACAGUCUAG